CAUUUUUUUGUAGAGAUGUGGUUUUGCCAUGUUGCACAGGCAGAAGUGGAGGAGACACUGAAGCGACUUCAGAGCCAGAAGGGAGUGCAGGGAAUCAUCGUGGUGAACACAGAAGGCAUUCCCAUCAAGAGCACCAUGGACAACCCCACCACCACCCAGUAUGCCAGCCUCAUGCACAGCUUCAUCCUGAAGGCACGGAGCACCGUGCGUGAAAUAGACCCCCAGAACGAUCUCACCUUCCUUCGAAUUCGCUCCAAGAAAAAUGAGAUUAUGGUUGCACCAGAUAAAGACUAUUUCCUGAUUGUGAUUCAGAAUCCAACCGAAUAGGCCACUCUCCUGACUCCCUGUGUCAUUCCUUAAUUUAAUGUCCCCCAAGAAUGUUAAAUGUCGAUCAUGUUAGCAGACUAGCAUGUGACAGUCACCUUGGAGCCCACUCAGACCAAUCCAAUGACCAUGUGUGGGCUGGCGGCUCUUCCUCCCCAACCAAAGGAACCCCUGUGCUGUGCCGGCCUUCCCCAGAGUUCCCAGAGGGCCCUCUCACCUCACUUCCAGGUUUUGGAGCAAGAACUCGCGAGAAGCCUGCACCCAGCUUCCUUCUGACCUUCAGUUCACUUUGUUGCCCUUGGAGAAGGCUGUUUUUCUUUAAGUAAAAAUAACCAAAAUGCUUACCCUGCUGUUGUGUCUUUAAACACCAGGUUGAAAA